AUUAUUUUUAAUAUCGUUUUUCGAGAGAUGAUAAUUUUGAUACUUCUAUCAAUUGUAUAAGCUCAAUUGGAUUAGCUGCGAGAAACAGAAUUGGGAUCAACUUUAUUAGAAACAGUUUAACUGCAUAUUUAAGCAGAUGAACCUACUGGAGAUUUAUUGUUAUUAUUGAAUGAAAUUCAUGGUAAAAUUAAUUGAUUAUAAUUCAUUAGAUAAACUAUUGAAGCAAAGGAACAUUACAAAUAAACUCUAAAAAUCAAAAUUAGAUGAGUGCAUGCAUAAUGUUGAAUCAUUAGAGGAAUUGAUUGUAAAGCUAAGGGAGAAUAAAGUAGUUGUGAAAAUAAUCAAUAGUUUGAUGUAAAAGAAGAGAUAUAUUCACAUAAACCUCACAUUGAAUAAUAUGAGCACAUGAAAUCAACAAAGAAUAAAGAAAAGGAACUUUUAAUAAAAAAUAUUGAGAUUUGCCAAAAUAGAGAGAAUUCUCAAAAAGAUUAAUAUCAUAAAUUAACAGUCUAAUUACAAGAGAAGAGAUAUGAUUAUGUAAAUCAAAAGUAAAAUUUAUUAUAUUCUUAAGUUUAGAAAUCCGUUAUCUCUGAAAAUUGAUUAAUCAAGUUUAAAACCCUUAUUAAAUGAUUUGAUUGAUUUCACAACAGAUAUGAUGUCAUUAGAAGACAAAUAUUUCGAUGAAAAAGAACAACAAACAAGAAAUUUAAUUUAAUUAUAUUAAUCUUAAUUAGAUAGCGUCGUAACUUUUUUGAAUGAAAUUUAAGAGAAUAUUGAAGAAACAGAACAUCUGGUAAAAUAAUUAGAAUUAGAAUACAAUGAAAUCAAUCAUAGAAUUAAUGUACUCAUCAAUUUAUAUUAGUUAAAACAAGAAUAAGUCAAUGAUAUCAAGCAAGAGUGCAAUAAUAUAUUUUAAUAAACUAAACAUCAAUCAUAACACAUCACUAAGGAAAUUGAAGUUGUCAAUUAAAUUAUUUAAUUAAUUGAACACAAUUUUGGAUGGCUACGUUCACAAUUAGGAUUAUGAUCACAUAAAAAUUAUUACCC